AGCCUUUCUCUCUUUUUUUUUUUUUAUUAUUAUUAUUGUUCUUUACAGUAAAAAAAAAAUAUGCUUCACUUAUUACCAAACGAACUGCUUUGGACUGUCUUUUUAGAUCUCGAAUACCAAGAUCUAGAUAGUCUUGUUCAAAUAAAACCUAUCUCAAGCACUGUAUUACAUUUUAUUCAACAACACUAUAAUUUCCACUACAAGAUAGUGUCUCUCCUAAGGCUCUAUGAAGCUAUCACGCCCUCUGAACGCCACUCAAAAGAAACAAGGCAUGAAUUUGCCAAUAAGAUACUACAGUUGAUUUGUAAACAAGUAGGACAAUUGCCCAAGUUUGAACACCGUAACAAGUUCACAGAACUAUUGGAUAUUGUACAGCAGUUUGUGAUUCAACGUAUCCUGUCUGACGAUUUAAAAGCUGGGCUUGAACAUGAUUAUGCAAACCUGUGUUUACAAGUACGAUCACUUUAUCUCCAUACACCUUCUAUUCGUGUAUUACAUGACCCAAAAUAUAGACGUAGAAGUACCAAACAUCCAUUAGCACCUUUUUUACCAAGAGAUUAUACCUUUGUUUGGCGUCAACAUUGUGCUGAACCAAUGCAGAACAGAAAGAAGCAUAUGCGUUUUGCCUUGUUUUUCGGUAGUCUGUUUGAAGUGACAAGUUUGUAUCUAGAGUCGAAUCUGGAUGGUUCAUUUGAAGAAUGUGCAAGAGAAGCACUAGUGACAGGCAAUGUAGAAGAUCUGUUGAUUAUGUGUGUGGCUGCAGACAGGCCUUUGGAUGUUGAUGGGAUGUGUAUGAUGGUCACCCACGCAGGAGAACAAUUGAGACACUAUUUAGAAACGAUGGACAAUUGGGUAGCCACUGAUCCUACACCCCAGCAAGAAUACAGAAUUCAACAACAACAGUUAUUUGAAGGAGAUACAAGUCCACCAGAAUGGCUUAUUCCUGAUCGAUACCGAGUAGAAAAAAACACUGUUUUAAGACUUAAGCUUAUGAACCAUUUAUAUAAAAAAGGCUGGCGCUGGUUUCAAUACUAACCAAUAAAAAGCCCAAUAUAGGGUGGUUUUCGGCAUUAUAUAUAUAUGCGAGCUGUGUCAGUUUCAGUGUUUCUUUUUUCAUAUUUUUUCUUUUUCUUUUUCUUUCCA